AUGUGCGAAAGCGGCGAAAAGGAGGGACAAGGAGAUAACGAAAGUCUUGAUUCCGAAAAGGAAAGCACACCGAACUGGAGUAGUUACAAACUGAUCGUCGAUCCGGCUUUGAACGUCGGAAGCGAAAAGCUCCACCGCUAUGAUGGGCAGUAUUUCAGCGCUCCAAAUCCUGGAAUUUCCCCCCUGGAUGAUGUUCGAGAUCCCAGAAUCACUCGCUUUUGGACACGAUUCAAAGAGACAGAUCUGGCAGUUCCCAAAUUCAAGACUGAUGAGAAUUAUGUUGGACCACCAAAAGAAGUGACAUUCUCCAGGCUGAACGAUAAUAUUAAAGCCGAUUUUUUAGCAGACAUGUGUAGGAAGUUUGGAGAAAUCCAAGAGGUGGAGGUUUUGUAUCAUCCCAAGACUAAGAAACAUUUAGGAAUAGCCAAAGUGAUUUUUGAAAUGGUCAAAGGAGCAAAUGAAGCAGUGAGAAAACUUCAUGACACCACUGUAAUGGGGAACACCAUUCACGCUGAGCUGGACCCCGGCGGUGAAAAGAGGAUGCGAUAUUUCCAGCUGCUUCUGAGUGGGUUGUAUACCUCAUUCACGCUCCCUGUGAGCGUAGGAUUGUGGGGCUCACAGUCACCACCCUACAACAUGGACCCCAAUAGUGAUUAUGAAUCAGUGAAGUGUUUGACAAAUGGGUUAUUGUCUUCAUUGGUCUCCUCUUCAAUGCUCUCUGGCUCGACCCCAUUUGAUGGCUCCACCCCUCUCUCCAUGGAUACCGCCUACUCCAGCAUGCAUCAGGACACGCCCAGUAGCUUUUGGCAGACGCCACAGUACCAGGACACUCCUCACACCUCCCCGCUGUCUCAUAGUAACCCAGGCACGCCAACGCCCUGUGAGGAGCCCUCUGACCUGUCCCACCUGUCAGACACACCUGGCACGUAUAACUCACAAACCAUCCCACGUUUGACUCCUCUUCUCCCUUCUGAAUCCCAGCCCACCUGCCACAAUCCUCACCUAGUCCAGCUAACCCCACAUAAACCAAACACAAGGCAGGCUGCCAUAAAUAACUCAAUUAGUUUAAUCGCUCCAAGCCACAGGUCUUCUAAAGGGGCAAUGACAUUAGGAUGCCAGUCUAACCCAGUGAACAGGGUCCCCUGCAGUGGCCGCAGGGGCCGAGUGUGGGGGGCUAAAUACCAGAAUGCCUACAACCGUCGACCAGAGCACCGCUAUGUGCACAGACCGGUAUUCAACAGAUCACACCAUCGCUCCAGAUCUGCAACCAGCCUGGUGCCAGUAUAUCCAUCUCCGAGAAUCGCACCUUCUUGCGCACAGCUGGAUAAGUCCCCUGUGCCUGCCAUCCAGUGCAGUAGUAGCACAAACAAACCCACUGGCUGCUGGGAGCAGAAGGCUUUGCCUCUUAUUAGUAUAUCUAGUGAACCACCUGUUAACCUCUCAGUAGGAGAUGUGGACAAGGAGCCUAUUCUACCAAUAUCCAACAGUGUCAGAGGUGCGGAUAUACAUCACAUUCAAACAGAGCCGGUAUCUUGUGUGCAGCCAUUGGAGAAAAUGUUGGAAAACGUUCCCCUCAAAACAUCUUUGAGCAGAGCCUCUCAAUGCAACUCCCCUUCUCCUGUACCUGAUAUGCCACAGGGGCACACAGUGGAGGAGCUAACCCCAGAACAGUCCACUUCCCCUGGGCCAGAACCAGAGCAAAGCUCCUCUGUUGGGUCACCAGCUCCGGACCCACUGCCAAGCAGCCUGGACACCCGCAUUCAGAUGCUACUGGGUGCUCAGAAUUCAGGUCCUUUCUGGCAUGAGGAGAAGUCAGGCUUAGAUACCCACUCUGAAGACUUUACUGUACCCUUACUGAACAAUCUCCAUCGCACCUCCACAUCUGCACCCCCCUCACCACAAACCCAAGAUGUCUCAUCAACACCAGAUUUCUCUGUAGCGUCCAGUCAUUGUGGCUCUGCACAAAAACAAGAAGGUUCUUCUGAGUCAGGCUUUGAUGACGUGAGUCCUGAGCCCCUGCCUGACUCUCCAGAAGAAGGGGAGGAAUCUCUCUCAAGCAACAAGUGCCUUUCUAAGAUAUCUGUCAUUUCAAGCCUUGGUUUAACAACAUGGUCAACACAGGCACCUUCCAACCAAGCAACUAUGAUUAAGCAAUUACUGAGAGGAGGUGGAACUUCAGAGCAGACCACUGGUCCUGGGACCUGCAGUGGAGGUUCUUCACCCACUCCUCCAGUAUUUCGGAUUCCUCCCCCCCCUGUUUUCCUCCCUCCACCUGCAUUCCCUGUCCCACCACCCCCGAUCCUGCCUCAAAAUGUACCCGGUUUGCGUGGAUUUCCUCUUCUACCACCACCAGUUCGACUUACCCCACCACCCCCUAACCUGCCCAUACCCCCUUCUACUUUCUAUCCCCCACCAAAUCUCUCUACAGAGAAAGUUGGCAGGCCAUGUCAGUGGAAGAGCCAACCAGCUCCUCUUCCCAUACCUACCAGAAUAACGCAAGGGAAAGCCCAGCCGGUGUAUCCCCCUCCUUUCCCAGUUCCCUCGCCUCCUACACCCUUCCCAGGGACUUCACACGAUGGCUCCAGGCGCAUACGCUUGCCACCUUUUAACCCCUCAUCUGGUUUGGCUGCUGUCCCUGGGUACCGAGACAGAUGGCCUCCUCCCCUUCUCCCUGUGUUCGAUCCCACAGUGCCCCCACCGGGGUAUGCACCUGCGUGCCAACCCUUGCACAAGGCCACAGUCGAGGGGGUCCUGGCUGCUGUAGCCGCAGAGCUCAGGGCCACUGUGAAGAAAGAUAUCCGUCGCAGAAUCGUUGAAGGCCUGGCUUUUGCCGCAUUUGAUCAGUGGUGGGAUGAGAAAUCACGCUCAGCCAAGGUGUCUGUGAUUCCUGUGAAGUCUGGCGAAAGCAAAGAGAAAGAUUCUCUGAAGCCUAGAGUUCUGGAAGCAUGGCAGACUGCUGAGAGCCUGGCACCAGAGGGCAUGGCACUGGGCAUCAACCUGCCUGGCCUGGGGCUCCGCUCAUCCCUGCGACUGCCAUCAUUCAAGGUGAAAAGAAAGGAUAUCUCUGGCAAGGACUCUGUGGAUGCCAAAAAGACCUGUCCCUCUUCACCGGGUCAGGUGAUCUCUGAGGAUGCAGAAGCGCUGCAGGCGGCGCACAUGGGGGAAGAAACAGAGGAAACGUCCCAGACGCACAGCGAGACCCCCGUGGUGAGACGCCGUCAUGCCAGGCCUCUCGAGCUGGACAGCGAAGACGAGGAAGAAGAGAGUGUUUUUUUAAACGUGGAAGACUCUGGUUCUACACAGGAGGAAAACAACAGAACAGAGUUGCCUGCUACUGAUCAGGACGAUGAAGAGGAAAAGGAUGAACGUGAUGAAGGGGGGCUUUCAGGUGCACGGGAGGAUGGAGAUCUCUCAGACGAAGAGGUGAUUAGCCUAUCAUCAUCAAGUGUGCAGACCGAGUCCUCUUCCUCUUCCUCCUCCUCCUCCUCCUCCUCACACCUGGAUUGCGACUCCACCCCCUCCUCAAGAUUUGACCUCAAAUUCUCUGAAAAGAGUCACUACUCCUCAGAAUCGGACUCUGUGUGCUCCGAGGAAGACUAUGAGUGUGGAGGUGAACACCCACCUUCUGAGGGCACUGAGCAGGAGAGGCAGGUGGACGAGGUUUGGAUCUCGUCCGAUGAGGAUGAUGAUAAAUAUAAGGAGGUGCCCCGCACUCCAGCUUGUUUGUCCGUGGUCUCCUUGGGGCAGGAGAUGGAGCCACCUCUGACCCCGUCAGCUCCACAUUCCAACCACAGAGAUUUGGAGCAGGACUUUCUAGAUGCUGAUCCAGAAGAAGAGCUGAGAGUCAGAGUGUUUCUGCAGGGCUAUGGCCACCAGGAUCCUGUCGCCCAGCACUUAUCUAACAAACUACAGCUGUGUGAUCCAGCUCUGCUGCCUUCUGACCAUGACUCAGAACUACAUUUCCCACAAUCUCCAUCUUAUAAGGCAUUUUCCUCUGAUGAGGAGAUGGAGACACAGUCUGAGUCUGAACUAUCAGGAGCGUAUCAGGAACGGCCCAUGGACAGUCCAGAGUUCUGUGAGAACCUCAGACCUCCCACGCCCACUGGUUCUCUAGCCGAGAGCGAUCCCGACCUUGAGCUCAGGCACAGACUGUGGCCCCCUGCUGCUGAAGAAGUGGAAGUACCCCGUACUCCUGGUGGAGGUCUUGAAAUGGAGGUGGAGACUCUGGUUCUCUCGCCCCCUCCUCCCACCCCGCUUCCGCCUCCACCUUCCCCCACAGGCUUCCUCCGCUUCCCCUCUCCACCCCUGGAGCUGUCCCCUCUUCCUCUUACCUCCACAUACCCUGCCUAUGAUGAAACUCCCCGAACCCCCGGCAAUCACGCCAAGCACGAAGAGCUCCAUAUCUCAGCCGGAGUGACAACGGCAAUGCUGUCCUGUGACGCGGUUCUUGGGCUCUCUCCUCCAUCCCCUUCACUGUCUCCCCACGCAGGCAGUGGGGUCCCCAGGACACCAGGAAGGGACAUUGCUCCCACCUCACCCAUCUCUGACCGUAGUGAGGUUACCAUUCACCGGGGUGGUCAUCAGAGGGAGCCGCAUCCGCUCUGCGCGCGCCGCAGCCAGACGCUGAGCGUCAGCUCCUCUCCCUGCUCCCCUUCUUUCCCGGCCUCGGUGAUGCCAAGCCCGUCGCCUCCAGAGCAGAGCGAGCUCACACAGCGGCGUCCAGGUGUCUCCUCGAAUCAGACCGCACAUCUGGACGCAGAACAACUCAAGAAAAGAAAAGGGGGGCUUCGGUGCAAAAAGAGCAACAGGGCUGGAGAUUUGACCAGAAAAUCGCCCUUAUAUCUGGAGUCCUGGGGACAUUUCAGCAGGGAAUCUGGGCAUACAGCCGAAGGUAAAACACCUCUGCAAGGACUAGAGAACAGGGUAGAAGACAGGCUUCACCCAAGGAUGGUGGAGGACCACAGACGACCAGAGUGCCUUUACCCAUGGAGAAAGGGCAGUACGUGGCCCCACGGCUCCCAACACUUUCCCCGUUUUGCCCGGCGGUCCAGGCGGAGGGAACGGCUGCUUCUCCAUGCUGUCUGGGCAAAAGGGGUGAACACAGAGGAGAUCAGCCAUCUGCAGGCCUCUUACGAGCACAUGCUGCACCAGGACAAAGGCUAUGAUUGGCUCACUAGCACGCACUGGACCCCGCACCCUCCCUCCAGCGUUCCUGACGAAAGGCCACAAAGGUGUAUGGGCGGCGUGCGGCAUCAUUGGACCGGGUGUGCAAGGACAGAGGGGUUUUACAUCAUCAGCAAGAGGGACAAGCUGAGAUACCUCCAUCACACGCACAGCAUCCCUGAAGAACCAGCCGCUGAGCCACAGCGCAAGCUCGUUCAUGCUCAGCUUUCAUCGUCAUCGCGCUCUGGAUCAGAGUUCCGCGCAGAACAACGGCGCCUACUGGCCUCUUUCGGCUGUGACAGCGACCUGCUCAAGUUCAACCAGUUAAAGUUCCGUAAGAAGAGGCUGCGCUUCAACAGGAGUCUCAUUCAUGACUGGGGCCUAUUUGCAGAGGAACAUAUUAUGGCUGAUGAGAUGGUGAUUGAGUAUGUGGGACAGAGCAUACGUCAGCUGAUCGCAGACAUGCGGGAGAGACGCUACGAGCAGGAAGGCAUCGGCAGCAGCUACCUGUUCCGGGUCGACCAGGACACCAUCAUUGAUGCCACCAAGUGUGGCAACCUGGCAAGGUUUAUCAAUCACAGCUGUAACCCAAACUGUUAUGCUAAAGUCAUCACAGUUGAAGCUAAAAAAAAAAUAGUCAUAUAUUCACGCCAGCAAAUUGGUAUCAAUGAAGAGAUUACAUAUGAUUACAAAUUUCCCAUCGAGGAUGAGAAGAUUCCCUGCCUGUGUGGUGCAGAGAACUGCAGAGGAACUCUCAACUAAAUCCCACCCUUCAAAUGUUUUUUGUUUUUUUAAACCAUGUUAUUAUAUCUAACUUAGACUACUGCUUAUUCCAGACUCUCAUAAAUGCCCAUUUAUAAAGGACACUGUUUUAAGUCUUGGGGCUGGGAAACGGUACGUUAAGUUACAGUACACGAAGAGCUGCAAAAAUGUAUAUGUGCAUCUUUUGAACAUGUGGUUUUAAUUCUCUGGGAUAUUGUGAUACCAUAAGAGCUCCACAUUCUAGCAAUGAGAUUUUUUUU